CCAAUAUUAAUAUAUUUCAGUACAUAGAUCCUGUUGUAUCAUUACAAUAUUUGAAACAAGAUAGAAUUGUUCAAAAAAUACUGGAGCUAUAUCUUAGAAACUGUUCAUAUGCAAGUUUGAAGAAACUUACGAAAUGUUCUAUUAACUCCAAUACUGACAUGAUUUUCUUACUAGAAUCUAUGGAACAUGUUAAAUCGAAAUUGAGUGUUGAACAAAAAGCGAUAGUGCAGAAGGCAGAAAAUAAAUUGAUUAAAAUUACGAUGACAUCUUUGUCACCCAAAGUAGCAACAAAAGACAUAAAAGUACUAAUUUUAUUAUUAAGAAUAAGUAUCACGAAUGAAACCAUUGAUGAGAAAUUAGAAGAUGUUACGAAAUCGAUGAUGCAAAAUAUAUUUGUGAAGGACAAUGUUACAAACGAGCUGUUACAAAAUGGUUUACAAUUGAUGAGCGUCGUCUUACACAAUAAAAAGUUGUUUCAUGUUACGGAUCAGAUCAUAAGGGGCGUAUGGUUUGCUUUACUUAAAUACCCGUGUGCAGAUGUGCUCUUACCGUUAUUGGAAUCAAGCGAAACGAAAUUACUUUCCGAAUUUCUUGAGGAAUUAGAUAAUCAAUUGAGAUUGAAAAGGUUUCGAAAAUAACUGUUUUAAACUGUU